GCUGCGCGCACCCGCGCCGCGCAGUCAGGCGGAGGAAGGACGCGGGAAGCAAGCAGCGCACCCGUGCAUCUGCAGUGAUGCACGAAACCGCUCAGUGAUGAGCUGGCGGCAGGUAAAUGCAGACCAACCACUAGGCUACACAGGAACCAAAAGACUGUAGGAGAUGAGCUCCUCUUUCCCCAAGUCUGAAUCCAGGACAUCCUUACUGAAAUCAUCGACCAGAGGACCCUCGUCACACCUCGAUCGCGCGCCCGAGAGCCACAGGAGUCACCAUCAUCACCACAACCACCACCGUCCCGCGGCUCUAGCGAGCGGCCACCCGGCGGAUGAAUCCUUCUGGUCGGCACAGUGCGACGUGAGACCCCCGUAUCACCACUCUGCCCCAGGCAACCGGGACCCCGCGCCCCCCCGGGACGGGAACCGGUACCACUCCCCAAAGCAUCACCACCGGGUGUCCAGCGCUCCUUCCCAGGAGGAGGAGGAGGAGGACCAUCCGCAGGAUUCCCGCGAAAAGGAGCGACUUGUAAGAGAGAGUUGCAAGGCAUCCAGAAGCACCCACCGACACCACCGCAGAAGGCCUGACCGGGAUGAGCCGCCUCACGCACCGCAGCGGUCCUACACGCACAGCGUCCGGACCGUCCCCAGGAUCCCGUCUCUGUCCGAGACCGACGACACGGCGCCGUUCUUCAAGCGGACGGACCGCCAGGAGCCCGCGGAGUCGGGCGGCGGUGGUCCCGAUGAAGGGCGCGCGCCGUCCCCCUCUUCCCUCUCACCGCCGUCCUCCAGCCAAUCCUGCCGCCGCUCGCGCAGGUCCAGCACCACAUCCUCGACCAUCGGGUUAAAUCUGCGCACGGUCCUGAACUCUCUCUUCGGGCAGGACCGAGAGCUGAGGCCAGAGGAACUGGACGAGUUGCGGGAUGCUUUCAAAGAGUUCGAUAAGGACAAAGAUGGCUUCAUCAGCUGUAAAGACCUCGGGAACUGCAUGAGGACCAUGGGAUACAUGCCCACCGAGAUGGAGCUCAUCGAACUGAGCCAGCAAAUCAACAUGAAUUUGGGCGGACAUGUUGAUUUUGAAGAUUUUGUGGAGUUAAUGGGACCCAAACUUCUGGCUGAGACCGCGGAUAUGAUCGGUAUAAAGGAGUUGAAGGAGGCCUUCAGAGAGUUUGACACCAACGGGGACGGGGCAAUAAGCCUCUCUGAACUGAGAGAGGCAAUGAAGAAGCUGCUAGGUCAACAGCAGGUGUGUCCUAAAGACUUGGAAGACAUACUCAGAGAUGUGGACCUGAAUGGAGAUGGGCUGGUUGACUUCGAAGAGUUCGUCCGGAUGAUGUCUCGAUAGGACAGACUGAUUGAUCACAUUCUGUCCAGUCCCCUUUGCCCCAUUUCCCCCCCCCCCCCCCCCCCCCCCCUCAUCCAUCCAUCACCCCGGGUAGCGAAGCGAGCAGCGAUGCUAAGAGCUCUGAGCCAUUGAAAUACAAAGUCACUGGAUUAAACUAAAACUGCUUGAACUUUCUAGAGGAGGAGGAAGCAGAGGAGGAGUUCCCCCCCGUCUUCUCAAAAGGUUCACCUCGAAGGGUGUUCUUCCUUGAGAUGCUCUCAGUUUAACUGAGGCCAAACCUUUUUGUAGCGAUGGCAGAUGAGAUUGUCAAGGACGAGGGGCGAUCCUUUUGCACCUCAGUUCUCACAAGCUAAAUAAUAGGAUUGUCAAUGCUUUUCGUUUCUGUUCGACCUCGACAUGGCAAUACAAUGUGUCCCGUGAAAUAUGUAAAAUAUAUAUGUAAAGGAAGGGUUGAUGGCCACGGUUUGGGUCUAUGUCAAACAAGCCAUCGUCUUCUCCACCUGAAUGUGACAUGGCUGAUUGUCCUGCAACCAAGAAGUCUGCUUCUUACGUAGAGUGCAUCACUGCUGUGUAUCUCUGUAAUGUGCCACGUGUUGAAACUCUGUAGUUUGAUGGAAGCUUACUGUUUUGUUUGUACGUUAGCUCAUGAAACCAGCAGCUGUGGUGUUUCACAUUGAAAACUGUCUGAUACCAGUUGUGUUUGUAAUUUCAGAUGUAAAAUCCAAACCUGUGCAGGGUAUAUCCAGUGCAUCUCAUAAUACUAUCCAAUGUGUUCAUCUGACAGGGGUUUCAUUCAGAUCCAUCGAGCCCCUAUCUUCUGUGUCACCUGGGUUAACCUGUUGAUCUUCUAAUGGGGGUGUGGUCCAAGCAAGAAGAAAUGCAUGCUGGGAUAUAGUGAAGUCAGCAGGUUGCCCUCACUUAAAGUCAAGGGGAUUGUACAAAGGGGGCAGGAGUUCCCCAGGUGAUGGUAGCUCUGCACGAGUGUCUUAGCAAAAAAAAUGUGAAUACCAUAUGUUCUUUGGUUGUUUACCAAAUCAUACAUAUCGGCUGUGCACAGGAUAUCACAUUAAAAUGAACUCAAUAGCAAAAAUUUUCCCGAAUCGGAGCACAGGACUAUCUGAGACAACCGUUCUGCCUCACACUGCCUCUUCCUCCUGGUCUGGGGGAACCACAAGACACUAACACAUUGCGUUCUGAUUUAUUCCUGAAGUAGAAUGGAUUUACUGUCGUAGCUGUUUGGUAUAUCGAAUUAUAAAUGUUGAUGUCUUUAGUGGUAAAUGUCAUGCAUGCCAAAGAGAGGUUUAGGAAUUGUAAUAUGCACAUUUGCAUUUGUGUCAUAAAGAAGAAGCAAAAACGAAUCUUGCCAAGAUAACCCGAGGGUAUCAACUGAUGUUUACACUGAAACACAAUUGAGUGUUGUUCAAUGGGAACACAAUCUAGAUAAACACGCAAACGUGAUUCUGUGAUUAUCCUUUGAUGAACUCAUGUUGAUCAACAAAUAACCGUGUUAGUAUACUAUUGUGUGGGUGUGUUUGCGUGAACACGUGUGUUCAUAACAUUUGGAGCUCUACGCUAAUCAAGGUGCGAGAGGUUAUUUUGGUCAUACAAAUAAGGAUACACUGACUACGCCCACAAGCGACUCAAAUGUCUGUUACUACGGCAACAAUACCCAUGCAUAUCUUUCGGCUAACCAAACCCAGAGUGCACCGCGUGCACGCUGUGUUGGACUCGUCUGAUUGGGUACGAUUCUGAACAUUCCAAAGUUCGUGAGGAUCAAACUCACAAGACCUUUAAUAACGAACGCAUGUCAACAAUUGCUGUUAUUUUAUACUGUAAUUUCGAGAUGUAGGACUAUUCCUUUUGUCGGGUUUUGUCUCCCGCUGAUCCAAUAAACAAAUUGCCUGCUAUUUA